AUGGUCAUAGAUGGAGACAGCGCGUUGGGUAUAGAAGGGAGAGCGAAUGCCGCCUUGGAAUACGUCCUAGAUUGGGGUAAGAAGAACAAACUCCAAUUCGCACCACAUAAAACAAACGCCAUGGUCAUAACAAACAGGCUAAAAUUUGACACCCCAAGGAUGAACAUGGAUGGCAAACAAAUUGGUAUGACGGAGGAAAUGAAAAUACUCGGACUAACAAUUGAUCAUAAGCUGACCUUCAACAGUCAUGUAACCGACGUGUGCAAAAAGUCACUGGGUAUGUACAAGCAGUUAGCUAGGGCGGCCAAGACCGAAUGGGGAUUACACCCAGAAGUGAUAAAAACCAUCUACACAGCGGUUGUAGAACCGGUGAUGAUGUAUGCGGCUAGUGUAUGGGCGCCAGCAACCAAAAAACGGGGAGUACGCAAGAAACUCGAUGCUGUUCAGAGAGUUUUUUGUCAGAAGAUAUGCAAAGCGCACCGCACAGUUUCCCUUAACUCGGCACUGACGCUGGCUGGGAUAUUACCCCUAGACCUCAGAAUACAAGAGGCUGCAGCCUUGUAUGAAGCUAAAAGAGGGGUACCUCAGCCGAUACUAGCGGACAGAGAGGUAGAGAAGAGGGCCGCAUACACCAAAACGCCUCAUCCGGCAGAACAAAUUGAAUUAUAUUUUACACGCUUGGAAAACUGUGAACAGGUGGAGGAAAAAAGUGAGCAUCCUGUACAAAUCUAUACAGAUGGGAGCAAAAUCGAAGGAAAAGUCGGGGCAUCUCUAUCAUUUUGGGAUAGAAAUGCUGAAAUAAAAAGUAUCAAACUAAGUCUCCCAGCAUAUUGCACAGUCUACCAAGCGGAAUUGCUAGCUAUAAACAGGGCUACAAAAGAGGUCUUAAAAAACCCGGCAACUGACUUCGGUAUUUACAGCGACUCUAGAUCUUCCCUAGAAUGUAUUAUAAAUUAUAACUCCCUACACCCCCUAGCAGUAGAAAUUAGAGAAAAUAUAAAGAUGGCACAAAAGUUGAAUAAAACAGUAGCCCUUUACUGGGUCAAAGCACAUACGGGUCUAGAGAGGAAUGAGAGAGCGGAUCGAAUAGCUAAAGAAGCGGCACUGGGAAGCAAAAGGAAGGCAGAAUAUGACUUCUGCCCACUUUCUUUUAUAAAGAAGCAGAUCAGGAGCCGUACACUGGACACAUGGGAAGAAAGAUACCAGCAAGGAGAGACUGCAAAAGUAACAAAGAUAUUCCUACCCCAUGUGGUCAGUGCAUAUAAGGUAAUAAGAAAAAUAGAAACCUCCUCACUCACUACCCAAAUAAUGACAGGGCAUGGGGGAUUCUCCGAAUACUUGAAUCGCUUCAAGUGCAAGGAGAGUCCUGCAUGCAUCUGCGAGCCCAGUAAAACCGAGACCGUGACCCAUCUAAUCCUGGAAUGUCCCGUAAAUGGCCCAGAGAGGUAUGAUUUUGAAAACAAUAUAGAUUUAGAAUUAAAACUAGAAAAUAUACCCCUAAUCUUAAGUGAACAUACAAAAAUUUUCUUAGAAUAUUGUAAAAAAGUAGCUAAAAAAGCGAUUAAAAGAAAUGAAAAUAAUAUAAGCUAG